AUGCCAAGUCAACAAUUAAAUACCGAUUGCAACAUUUUAGAAUACCUGAAAUACCUUGAAGACUACAUAGAUACAUUAGAGACUUUGCCGGCAGAUAUGCAACGAAGCUUUACCCUUUUGAAACAACUUGAUGCAAACGCGCAAGAUGAACUUGAUAAGGUUGCGGAACUGUCUAGGCGAUUGGCACAAAAUAUAUCUGAACUUAGUCCUGAAAACAGAAUAGACCAACUGAGAAAGAUUAGUGAUGAUCUAUGCAUGACCUGGAAAUUUGCCGAAGAGAGAGUGUCAAUUGCAAUGUCAGCGUAUGAAUCCGUUGAUAUGCACAUCAGAAGGUUGGAUGAUGAUCUCAAAAAGUUGGAGGAUACUUUGAUGACUGGUCCUAGUAAAACUCAUGAAACAACCGAUGAUGUCAUUCAAGAGGAGAAGAAUUCUCGUAAGCGAGCUGUCAAAAACGACGAGAAAGCAAAGAAACGAGCAGUAAAUGGUGAUUUAAAACAGAUUCAAACUGUCGAAGAUAUGCCCAUCGAUCCAAAUGAGCCGCUUUACUGUUAUUGCAAUAACGUCAGUUAUGGCGAGAUGGUUGCCUGUGAUAAUGAAU